UAGAGAACUAAAGCCGUUCUAGAGUAUUCUUAACAAAAGACCCCAUGGAGGAAGGCUUCAAUCUCAACCGUCCAUCCUUAAACCCGUCACCCCUAUAUAUAAAGUCUCGUCGUCUUUUGUCCUGAGUCAUGUGAAAAAGGCACAAUUCUUCUUCAAUGUUCAUUGCGUGUCCAGAGUCUUCUUAAAUUUGGGUUCUGUGGUUCUGUGGUUCUGUUUGUUUUGUGUAAUUGUUUUGAUUUACUAAAAGAAAGAAGAAGGAGAUGUUUGGGAGGGCGCCAAAGAAAAGUGAUAAUACAAAGUACUAUGAAAUAUUGGGAGUAUCAAAGAAUGCUACUCAGGAUGAUUUGAAAAAGGCUUACAAGAGAGCUGCUAUCAAGAACCAUCCUGAUAAGGGAGGUGAUCCUGAGAAGUUCAAAGAGCUAGCUCAGGCUUAUGAGGUCUUGAGUGAUCCUGAGAAACGUGAGAUCUAUGAUCAAUAUGGUGAAGAUGCCCUUAAGGAAGGAAUGGGUGGUGGCGGUGCUGGCCAUAACCCAUUUGACAUUUUUGAAUCCUUCUUUGGUGGGAGUCCCUUUGGAGGUGGCAGUAGUCGAGGAGGAAGGAGGCAGAGACGAGGAGAAGAUGUGGUUCAUCCUUUGAAGGUUUCUUUGGAGGAUCUCUAUCUUGGUACAAUCAAGAAGCUCUCCCUGUCUCGCAAUAUGAUAUGUGCAAAGUGCAAUGGCAAGGGGUCAAAAUCUGGAGCUUCUAUGAAGUGUUCUGGUUGCCAGGGCACUGGUAUGAAGGUCUCAAUAAGGCAGCUUGGCCCAUCAAUGAUCCAACAGAUGCAGCAUGCUUGCAAUGAAUGCAAGGGGACUGGUGAAUCAAUUAGCGAGAAGGACAGAUGCACGCAAUGCAAGGGAGAGAAGGUUGUCCCUGAAAAGAAGGUGUUGGAAGUGAUUGUAGAGAAGGGCAUGCAGCAUGGUCAGAAAAUCACAUUCCCUGGUGAAGCUGAUGAAGCGCCUGACACAAUUACUGGUGAUAUAGUUUUUGUCCUUCAGCAAAAGGAUCAUCCAAAGUUCAAGAGAAAGGAAGAUGACCUUGUUGUGGAUCACAAUCUUUCUCUCACAGAGGCUCUUUGUGGCUUCCAAUUUGUAUUAACUCAUUUGGAUGGGCGGCAGCUUCUUAUCAAAUCAACCCCAGGGGAAGUUGUGAAGCCUGGCUCAUUCAAGGCAAUCAAUGAUGAGGGUAUGCCAAUGUACCAGAGGCCAUUCAUGAAGGGGAAGCUAUACAUACAUUUCAAUGUGGACUUCCCUGAUUCUUUGACUGCAGAUCAGGUUAAAGCACUCGAGGCAAUUUUGCCUCUGAGGUCAUCAACUCAAUUGACUGACAUGGAGCUGGAUGAGUGUGAGGAAACUACACUUCAUGAUGUUAAUAUGGAAGAGGAGAUGAGAAGGAAGCAGCAGCAAGCUCAGCAGGAAGCAUACGAUGAGGAUGACGACAUGCCUAGUGGCGCACAGAGGGUUCAGUGUGCCCAGCAGUGAUUGAACUGAAUCUAGCAGGCUAAUUUUCUGUUAAAACUAAUUUAGGAAAUCGAAAUAUAAUUACACAAUCAAUUUGUGAGAUGUGAUGAUCUCGAAAACUUUCAGGCGAUGAAAUUAAUGGAACUUAUAUUUAGUUGUGUUGCU